UGAUUCUCAGAGUUUGUUACAACCAGAAAUGUACCAUAUCACUGUUCCAUGUAGCGUUAUUAUGGACUCUGGACCCUCAGCAGAAUCAGAGUACAGUCUAGAACCUUCUUCACCUGCCGGUGCAGCCCCAGCAGCUAUGUACACCUCACCUGGGUCUAUCGCUGCCCCUGAACAAGAGGAACCACCAUCCACAAGCAGAACUUCUCCACCGCCCAGAGCUCAAACCACUGACCCAGUCUUACCAGGUACCACUGACCCUACGCCUAACCAGGACCGUGCCAGCGAUGGUCCCACAGGUCAGCCCGGAUCACCCCCGAAUUCAAGCCCCACUGUUGACGUUCCAGCAGUGUCAAUAUCUGCAGUACAAACACUCUCACUCUUAGUACAAGCAUCUCACUUAAAAUCUGAGCAGCUACCAGAACCCUCUCCUCCGGCAGGGGUUUCUUCAUCACCAGGUCGUCCCGCUGCAGCAGAUGCUUCUGAUGUGGGUACCACAGAGAAAUCCCAGUCCAGUGCUGCCAUAUUCUGGACCAGAUGUAAUGAGGCUGGGUGGACUAAAGAAGUCUUCUCAGAGCUCGUGUCUCAGCUGAGCAGCCUAGGAGAAAGAGUGCAGUCACAGGAAGCCAGCCACCAAGACUAUGAUGUUGCUCUCAAAGUAUUGUUGGCAUCUGGACAGCUGCCUUGCAUUUUUACUCAGCUGGAACAAGACCUGGAGAAACAGGAAAGGGAUUUGCAGAGGAAAAAAGCAGCACUGAGGGAUGCCAAAGCUGUACUAGGUGUUUAAUAUAACAAUCUAACAGAAUUAAGAUGUUUUAUCAUUUUUAUACAUUUUUUUAAAUGUUUUUUUAAAGUCCAGAACAUUUCUGCAGUUUGCAUACAUCAGAUGUUUUUUUUUUAAUGGAGAUUUAUCAGUAAUAGAAAUCUCAUG